AUCUGAUCGGGCCGGGCCGGUCUCUGUCCGGUCGGGGGAUAGGUAGUGUGCAUGUCAAAGAUCCCGGCCGGGUUAGCCUGCGUGCUGGGUGGGAGAUGCGAGGGAGCGGGGCGAUGUCGACCAGCUCCACGGACGCCCGGCUGGAGUGAGCGGGGAUCGGCAGCCGGUUCGGGAGGAAGGAAGGAGGCUCGGCAUCUGGAGAGGCGACUGGCUGAGAAACUAUGGCCGAUGUAGGAACUGCCACCAUCACCACCAGGAUUAAAAAACUGCUGCGUUCCCCUUCGCUCAAACUGCGGAGGAGCAAACACCACGGCACAGGGAAGAAUAUCACGGACAAGGUGACUUUGGAGAAGGUUCUGGGUAUCACAGUCUCUGGAAGCAGUGGGCUUGCAUGUGACUCGAAGACGGGGUUGGUGGCCUACCCAUCAGGGUGCGUGGUUGUGCUUUUUCAUCCAAAGAAGAGCAAGCAACACCAUAUACUGAAUGGGUCAAGGAAAACCAUCACAGCAUUGGCUUUCUCUCCAGAUGGGAAGUACCUGGUCACAGGGGAGAGUGGGCAUAUGCCUGCCGUUCGAGUCUGGGACGUUGUUGAUAAGACCCAGGUGGCAGAGAUCCAGGAACACAAGUAUGGAGUGGCCUGUGUGGCUUUUUCGCCGAAUGCCAAGUACAUAGUCUCUGUGGGAUACCAGCAUGACAUGAUCGUCAAUGUUUGGGCGUGGAAGAAAAAUGUUGUUGUGGCAGCCAACAAGGUAUCGAGUAAGGUGACUGCCGUGUCCUUCUCUGAGGAUAGCAGUUACUUUGUCACCGCUGGCAACAGGCACGUCAAGUUUUGGUAUCUGGAUGCAUCCAAAGCCUCUAAGGUGAACGCCACGGUGCCUCUGCUGGGCCGCUCGGGGCUGCUGGGUGAGCUACGCAACAACUUCUUCAGCGGCGUGGCCUGCGGGCGCGGCAGGAGGGCUGACAGCACCUUCUGCAUCACCAGUUCCGGCCUCCUGUGCGAGUUCAACGAGAAGAGACUGCUGGACAAGUGGGUGGAGCUGAGGACUGCAAUGGCCAAUUGCUUGUCAGUCAAUGAGGACUUCAUCUUCUGCGGCUGCGCGGACGGCACAGUACGGCUGUUCAACUCCACCAACCUUCACUUCAUUGCCACCAUGCCCAGGCCCCACUACCUGGGUAUGGACAUCGCAGCUGCCACGGAGCCCAGCCAUCUAUUCACAAAUAGAGCAGAUGUCAAGUACCCAGAUACCAUCGCACUGACCUUCGACCCUACAAACCGCUGGCUAUCGUGUGUGUACAAUGACCACAGUCUGUAUGUGUGGGACGUGAAGGACAUUAAAAAAGUUGGGAAAGUGUACUCUGCCCUCUACCAUGCAUCGUGUGUUUGGAGUGUGGAGGUUUACCCGGAGGUAGAGGACAGUAAUCGGGCAUGCUUACCACCGUGCUCCUUCAUCACCUGCUCAUCCGACAACACCCUCCGACUCUGGAACACCGAGAGCUCCAGCAGUCACGGGACCUUGCUGCAUCGGAACAUGAUAAGCAAUGAUUUGCUGAAAAUUCUCUACAUGGACUCCAACAUGUUGGCGUUGCUGGAUUUGGAGAACAGUUCUGUAGGAGGUUCUGAUAAGCAGGAUUCCCAAGCUACUGACCUGAAGACAGGGAUCAGGACACUGUGUGUGAGCCCCGAUGGACAGCACAUGGCGUCUGGUGACCGGGUGGGGACACUGAGGAUCCAUGACCUCCAGCUGCUCAAAGAGCUCCUUCAAGUUGAGGCCCACGACUCCGAGAUCCUGUGCCUCGAGUAUUCCAAGCCAGAAACCGGCAUGAAGCUGCUGGCAUCUGCCAGCCGGGAUCGACUGAUCCAUGUCCUGGAUGCGGAGAAUGACUACAGCUUGCUCCAGACCUUGGACGAACAUUCCUCCUCCAUCACGGCGGUCAAGUUUACAGCUAAUGGUGGGAGUGUCAGGAUGAUCACCUGCGGUGCAGACAAGAGCAUUUACUUCCGGACCGCACAGCAGUCUAGUGAAGGCAUUCAGUUUACCAGAACUCAUCAUGUAGUGCGGAAGACAACAUUGUACGACAUGGAUGUGGAUUCCACGCGGAAGUACGCUGCUGUUGGGUGCCAGGACAGGAGCAUUCGGAUAUUUAACAUUAGCAAUGGGAAACAGAAGAAGCUGUACAAGGGAUCUCAGGGAGAAGAUGGAACACUGAUCAAGGUUCAGAUUGAUCCAUCUGGGCUGUACAUCGCGACCAGCUGCUCUGACAAGAAUCUUUCCAUUUUUGACUUUUACUCAGGCGAGUGUGUUGCCACCAUGUUUGGACACUCAGAGGUUGUUACGGGAAUGAAAUUCACCAAUGACUGUAAACAUUUGAUCUCCGUGUCAGGAGACAGCUGUAUCUUCAUUUGGCGGCUGAGCUCGGAGCUGACCAUCAACAUGAGGCAGAGGUUGGCCGAGGGCAAGCAGAGAGAGAGGAAGCAAACCAAGACCCCUCCACGAAAACACUCCACCCCAAGCAGAGAAACAUUCGAUGUGGCUGCUCAGACUGCCAUGUCCUCUGAUAGUGAGAAGGAGGCUGAAGAGGACGUAAAUGAGGAUGAAGAAGGCCAGUGUGAGGGUUCGAGGCCCAUUACACCAAAACAGGGCUGCUCAGAAGGAAGGAACGAUAUCUCUGCAGGCAGACAUUACACUGGAAGUGUGAAGAGUCUGAACCACUGGGACAAUGGGAAGACAGAAGACCUGCCGAAGAGACUGGAUUUGGACAACAGUCACACCCCUCGACCUCGGGGCCGCUGGUCCCAUCGGGUCAAUAACCUGGAUCUGAGCGUGAAGUCAAUGCUGGACCUGCGACACCUGGACUCGUUUUCCUACUCACCGCUGAUGGACCGUGUCUCGCAGGCAGAAGCCUUGCCUCUCAGGAGCAGCGUGUGUGGCCUCUCCACUGAGCACGAGCGCAGGCUGCGGGUCAGCGUAGAAACGCUGCUGAGUGACAUAGAGGAGCAGGAAUCGAUGCAAGCACAGAGCUCUUCCUCUGUCAGGCCCAGCAGCAUCACUCUGCCGUCGGGUCAGGGUGGCCAUUUCAGCCAGGAUCUGGAGACACCAGAGGUUGAGGAGUGCGUCAUAUACCCUGUGCACACAGAGAGCGUUGCUGAGACUGAGAGUGAGUACCAGGUGAAGGAGUUGCAGAAGGGGAUGCAGGAGAAGGAUUUCUGUAACCACAGCCUGGCGGAGAAGCAUAGCCCAGACAGUGCCUGUUCCGUGGAUUACUCCAGUGGCCAUUUCUCCAGCCCGGAACAUCCACAUGAAGAUUCCGAAUGUACAGAGCCUCUGAGCGUGGAUGGGAUCUCCUCCGACAUGGAAGAGGAAGAGGAUGAGCUCAGCAGGAGCUUCCCACGGGAGACAGUCGUGCCGAGAACGCCGGAUCAGGAGAAGUUCCUGAAGCAGCAUUUUGGGACCUUGGCGGAUGAGGGUGUUGGAGUGAAAGCUGACCGGCGGCUGGAGAAGCCAAAGUCACUGUCCAUGGGAGACACUGAGGAACUGCUAAACCCUCGACUAAGCAUCUCUGCGAGGUUCCUCUCUCGAUCGUUAACUUCGAGUUUCAGGAACUCGCCAACUCAUACGUCCAAGCUCUUGCAGAAUGGAGAGGUGAGAACCAUUCAGUUGACGGUUCCUACCUCAGAACAGGAAGGGCAGGAGGUCUUCACGCUAAGGAGGGAGAGCAGCGGGCAUGAGCUUCAGAGGCCAGAGGAAGCAGUGAAAUACCAAAAUAUUGAUCAGAAACAACCAGAUGAACUUACGGCAAACCUGAAUUCAGCCCCUUGUAAAAUCUCAGAGAGAACCCCACCCCGAAUGGAAUCCAGUCUCGUUCCAGCAUCCGUCAAAGCAACACACAUCCAGAGGAAGCGAAGCCUGGCUCUGGAGACACGGAAAGUUUCCGUGGUGUCCGUAAAAGGACAGUCUUCCUCAGCACUUCCCAGUCCAGCUGUAUCACCCAGUCCAUCCAUCAGGAAGUCCCAGUCAGUCCAUGACCUGAUUCAUGAAGUUUGCACAGCCAAUGCAACGUCUGCUGCGGUCACAACUGCAAAGCUGUGUCCCCACUCAGUGGCCGUCCCUGAAAAGGACACCAGAACCAACCAGCGAAGGACCACACCCCCUGGGUCCAGCAAGGUGGACGUUCCGUCGUUAUCACUGGCGAAGGAGGGCACUCAGGGAAAGGGCAUGAAACAGAAAUCCUACAUGAACCCCACCACCAGCUCCAUAGCCAAAAUGUCCCGUAGCGUUUCAGUGGGAGACAGCCUGAACCUCACUGGGAAUGGCGAGGAUCCAUCAAUUGUGGAAAGCAGUGCCAACGGUCAACCUCUGGAAUUGUCACCCAGGUCCUCGCCUUUAAUUAACACGGACAUAGUGACUGAAAUCUUCCACAAACAGGAGAUGACAAAACAGAACUGGAGAGAGACUGUAAGCUCCAAGCCUUUGUUGCAGCAGUCUGCAAGUUCAGCAGUGUCCCCUACUAAUAACUCUCAGCCUAAACUAAACCUUGGCACAAGGGCUAACUUGUUCCUCGACCUCCCCAAGUCACUGCCUGACAAACCUUCCUUGGCUUCUUUCUCACCACCCAUCAAGCUGAAGGCUUCAUGUCUAUCAGAGUGCAUCCGACUGCCAGAUUUACCGGGAGGAACGAAAUGGAGCUCUUUGGCAGGCAUUGUGCCUGACACGCACAGGGAAAUCCAGGAGAGGAAGGGGGACACUGUUCCCACACCUGGACAGGAGGCAGCUGUUCCCUCAACUCCACGGGCCUUUGUCCAAGGUCCCCAGGAGACACAGGGAGGGACAUCUGUUAAAUCUCGUCAGCCAGCAACUUCCCAUUCUCCAUCUGCAUCCAGGUUUGUCAGACUGCAGAAAGAAGCCUCGGACUCUUUACCCAGAUUUCCAGCAGCAAGUGGCCAGGCUGUAGGUACAGCCCCAGCAGCAACCCACCCUUCUUUAUCUGAAAAAUCCAUUCCAAAGGAUGCAGGUCCAGCAGUCAGUGUUCAGAGCUGCAAGCUCCUGGUGAGCGAGCUACAGAGCUGCCUGCAGAGGGCCCUGAGCCUGUAUCGUACGGUAACCAGUGACAAAGACCCCUCAGUUGAGAGCUGCCAGGUCAAUGCUGUUCUCUCUGAAACAUUUUCCUCUGUGAGGAAGGAAUUGGACUGUCUUCUGUGGCCAGGCACAGGCCCCGAGCUACCUUCUCAAGGGCUAGGCCACAUAUCUAACCAGGCCAGUCACCCCCCAGUGAGGGGGCAGAGCUUUGAAGACAAGAAGAUGCUGGCUCUGCUGGAACAGUACUCUGAACUCUUACUGCAGGCUGUGGAACGAAGGUUGGACCAGAAACUAGCAGCAGGGAGGCAAGAUGCAGAGCCAUGAAGCCUAGAGGACACAGUACAAUCAUUGGUUUGCUCCUAAUCCCUCCACAACCAUAUCAACAAACACAGUCUUUCCACUAGAUCACCCUCCUGGCUGUGCCUGAUCCCAAGGAACGUGGGUCUGGUGUCUCAGUAUGGACAUUCUUACUACAUUGAUUUGCCAAUCAGGCUCCUGUAGGGCAGAGUUAAUGGUUCCUUGGUCUCCAUUUGGACCCCUGCCCUCCAGUAGAGCCUGAGGAGAGAUGCAGGGAGCUCCUGCCUUGGCCUACUGGCACGGGUGGGAGGCUGGUGAUCCUUGGCAUGAGGGAGACCUGUUUUACUUUGUCACCCAAGAGAAUGAACUGUAAAGACACACAACACAGAUGUGGGAACGCUGAGGCGGAAUGAUGCCAGUGGUAUGUUCUCUCCUUCAGGCUUGAGAUAAGGGUGCCUCUCGUCUUCCAUUUCCCUUCUCGAUCCUACCUGCUCUCCAGUUCCCUUUCAACCCCUCUUGCAUUCCUGGUAUUUUCCUUCUCUUCCCCACCCCACCUGAGCAUCACUCUGGAACAGUGAUUACUGGUGUGUGAACCCCGAUAUGAACAGCGCCAAGACUGUAACAGUCAGACUGGCUGCAGCCACCAAAGCUUUGCUGACGUUCCCUUUGAGGAGAGAGAAAGCUGAUGAUGCAGUGUGUGUUCCUUACCACCCAGGACAUUAAUGUGCAUUCCUGUAGGACAGACCAUCGACACUUUCCCUCUUCCCCUGCUGUGACAAUAGUGUCUUAUUUACCAAAACAUCAAUGUUUGCUUAUGUCUUGCUGAAAUCAGAAUGAAACUGCUGAAGGGUUUCUUCACCACGAGCAUGAAUUCACUCUCCUACACAUUCCACCUGAAUUCACCCACCUCCACGUUCCCCCCAAAUUCACUCUCCUCCACAUUCCUACCAAAUUCACCCACCUUCACAUUCCCCUGAAUUCACCCACCUCCACAUUCCCCCGAAUUCACUCCCCUUCAAAACCCCCAAAUUCACCUUCAUAUUCUCGAAUUUGCCCUCUUCCAUAUUCCCCCAACUCACCCUCCUCCACAUUCAUUCCCCCUGAAUUCACCCUCCUCCUCAUUCCUGAGUUCACAUUCCUCCAUCUUCACCUCAAAUGCACCCUCCUCCUCAUUCCCCCUGAAUUCACCCACCUCCACAUUCCCCCAAAUUCACCUUCCUCCACAUUCCCUCUGAAUUUGCCCUCUUCCACAUUCCCCCCAAAUUCAUUCUCCUCCACAUACCCCGGAAUUCACUGUCCUCCACAUUCCCUUGAAUUCACCCACCUCCACAUUCCCCCGAAUUCACCGUCCUCCACAUCCCCCCCCAGAAUUCACACUCCUCCCCCUUUCCCCAGUCGCUAUCAGGCUGUGUUCAGAUCUGAGGGGAAGCUGAGUGCUGUGGCUUCAGUACUAGUUGAAGAGUAGAGAUGCCAUUUGUGAUAUCCUGUAGCAGAGCGGGGAACUGCAGUAGUGUGACCUGUGUCUGAUCAAUGGUGUAGAAUGACACAGCUAACUAAUGCCUUUGAAUUGACCUCCGUAGUCCUUUUGGGACGGAUUUGCUGGGAGUGUGGGCAGGAGUGUGAGAACUGGGGGGGGGGGGGGAAUUCUUCAGCCUUGGAUUAUGAGAACUCUCAAACCCUGGACAGGAACAUUAGGCACGUAGAGAAAGUUCCCAGAACUUUAGAUUGUUGGUGGCAAUCUCCUAAACUCUGGACAGGAACCACAAGAAUGGAUAGAUGGAAACAUUCAGACUCCAGAGAGGAGUCUGAGAAUGUGAACAAGAAUCCUCUUACCCAAACCUUGGCAAAAAAGGAAAUGUUAUCCAAGGACAAAGUAUUUCAUAGUGUUCUGUACAUUCCUGAUAGCAGGAGCCUUAUUUCUUUGCUAUUCCUGACCUUUUAGUAUCUCCUUGCACUCUAUGCUCCCUCAGGAAGAUGACAAUGCAAAACUUUACUACAUCAAUUAAGAGAGAGCUUCGUUCUUUUUUCUACAAGAAGUGAAUCUCCCGUACUUUGCAGUGUGUGAUCAAAACUGUUUGAGGUCUCUGCACAGAGGUGGGUCACCAUUGAAAGAACUUGCACCUGGUUGUCAGAAUCCCUCAGCAGAGACCACUGGCUUUUUGCCUUCAGUACAAGAAAUGUCCAUUAAAAAGACCAGAGUUGAGUAUGGACAAACUUUGUUUAUCUAUUUGUAAAGACGUUUUUAAAAUUAACUUUUUUUAAAAAACUGCACAUUAUGCAGAGACUUCGUACAAAUGUUCAAAGAAGCUGCAUGCUUUUGGAGAAGUGUUUCAAGUAUUAAAAACUGCCUUACCUGUGUGUGUAAAGAAAUCACGUGGUGUGAUGUGGAGCCGUGGCUAUCUGGAAGGAACUGUGUGACCCAGGUUCCAGCCAGGCACUGGCGGAAGAGGCAGAGAAUGCCAUUUCCCUCUGUUUUGCCAGGCUGGGAAAGAUACAGGUCAAUGCCUGCUGGAGAUUGGUGCAUGCUAAUGCGAGGGCUAUGCCCCUCAGUCACAGGGGAAUUGGACCAACCGGUGUCAGGGCGUAUGUGUGAAGAUUGGCCACAAGGAAGUUAGCAGCUUGGGACCAGCAACCAUUUUUUAAUCUGUUUUGUGAAAUUCAAUGUGAACAUGGUGGUACCAGCAGAGUCAGUGCCUUCUCUCACAAUUACCAAUAGAGUUGGUACUUCCUCUCAAAUACCAGUAGAGUUGGUACCUUCUCUCACAAUUACCAGCAUAGUUGGUACUUUCUCUCAAGAUACCAGUAGAAUUGGAACUUUCCCUCAGAUACCAGUAGAGUUGGAACUUUCCCUCAGAUACCAGUAGAGUUGGUACUUUUCCUCAGAUACCAGUAUUGGAACUUUCCCUCAGUUACCAGUAGAGUUGGUACUUUCUCUCAAGAUACCAGUAGAGUUGGUACUUUCUCUCAGAUACCAGUAGAAUUGGAACUUUCCCUCAGAUACCAGUAGAAUUGGAACUUUCCCUCAGAUACCAGUAGAAUUGGAACUUUCCCUCAGAUACCAGUAGAGUUGGUACUUUCUCUCAAGAUACCAGUAGAGUUGGUACUUUCUCUCAGAUACCAGUAGAAUUGGAACUUUCCCUCAAAUACCAGUAGAGUUGGUACUUUCUCUCAGAUACCAGUAGAAUUGGAACUUUCCCUCAGAUACCAGUAGAAUUGGAACUUUCCCUCAGAUACCAGUAGAAUUGGAACAUUCCCUCAGAUACCAGUAGAGCUGGAACUUUCUCUCAGGUACCAGCAGAGUUGGUUCCUUCUCUCACAAUUACCAGCAGAGUUGGCACCUUCUCCUGGAGUUACCAGUAGAGUUGGGACCUUCUCUCUUAAUUACCAGUAGAAUUGGUGCCUCCUCCCUCGGAAACCAGUAGAGCUGGCACCCUCUCUCUGGCUUACCAGUGGGGCUUUGUAGUUUCCUUUCCAAGGUGGCGGCUGACUUUUUCUGAAUGUGCCAAUGAUCGGGGUGCCUUCUAGCGGUAUCUGCUCCUGAUAAAUCUGUAACAGGUCUGUCUCAUGGGGUCUUAUUUAUAAUUUUUUAAUUGUUGUAGUCACUCAAUCAGAGAAGCUCCGGGUUUACAAUGUAACAAUGUGUGGGUAAUCCCAAAUUUUUAACCGUGGUUGAAAUGUGAAGAACUAAAGAGACCUCCGAAGGGACAGAAUAUCACUGCAAAGUGGAAGUCCAGGGAACAACUUUUGUGUGCAUGAAGGGUUUUUGCAUGGUGCAUUUGAUAUACACAUGUUGAGAGUACAGAUGGUGCAUGCCGAGAGUCUUUUUCAACUCGAAUAUCUUUGAAUCGUUGAUCUUUAAGAUUAAUUUGUACCAAUGUAUUUUAUAAUGAAAGCAAUGUUUCAUUUGUACAAUGGGUUACCAAACUAAUUUUUAAGCUGGUUGUUGUGAAUGUGUUUUAUCGCUGUGUUUCUUGCACUGUAAGUGAGUGUUUUUUUAAUCUGGUUUUUGUUUCCAACUUGUACAGCUUGUUGUUCAUGAAUUAAAUAUUUGCAAUAAAAAUCCCAAAAUUUGGGAGAAAAGAU